AUGCACGCCAGAAGAGUCACAGACAUCGCUCCGUUUAUUCCAAUAAAAAAAGACGCAGACAAACUCAAGAAAAAGAGCAAGAAACACGCGAAGUCGUCCAAGAAAAGCUCUAAAAUGAGCAGUCCACGAGGACAUAAGCCUCAGCAGCAAUCAAAGGGGCCAAGAACAGAGCUAGACUACGAAAUCGAGCGACUAAAAGCAGAGAUUCAACAAGAACGACAGAUGAAGUGAGCCAAAAAACUUGAAUUAAGUUCUGCAAUUUGCUUCGAUUUAUGUGAUCUGCUUUAAUUUCAUAUUCUUAUACCCCAAUGUUAAGUUAACCGUUUGUUUGGUCUUUUGAUUAAAAUUUAAACAGGAAGUGUAGUUUACAGCAAGUAGUUUAAUCAGCUUUAAGUGUUGCCCGAUUAUUUCAUGCUUCUUCUUCUUCUUCGUCUUAUUCCAUUACUUGGCUCCAUCUUUAAAGAUGAUUUUUCCAUGCUUAAGUUAUAUAGCUUCUGUUUAAAAAAAAUUAUAAGCUUAACUGCUAUUUGCAUACAAUAAUAUUGUUCGUCUUUAUUGCUGGGAAAGAAUUUAUGCCUGUCUUUUACUCUUAUGGGGUUCAAGUAAAAGAACACAGCGUCCGAUAGCAAGAUCUAGACCUUCAUAAACUAAGUUAUAAUUUGAAGUAACAUUGGCUCUUUAAAAUGUACAUUCGAGUAUAGUUAACUGUUCAUUUGUCUUUGAUAGGGAAAUGUUAGAACAGUCUUCAGGUGAACUUGACAAAACUAUUGCUGAUCUGGAGGAGAAAAGUAACAAUGUGGAAGAUGAAGGUACUAAUUAUUAUAAACAUAACUAUCCUAAAUUAACCUGACAGUGUCAUUGAUUAAAACAUUUAAUUCAUUCUGGCCGAGAUUUUCUAGGUUACCUGAUGUCCUAUUUAAACAACAAUGAUGACAUUAUUUACUAUAUAUCAUUAUGAAAUAAUUUUAAAUGGAGUAAGGAGUAGAAUAGUCAGUUCGUGUGCAGCCUUCUGUCCUGAAGGUUAUGAGUUUGAGUUGUAGGUAGAUUCAACUUCUUUCCUUUUUAAAACAGCCGUAAAAUGGAACACUGAUGGAGACAGAGGGGAAAGGGGAGGUAAAAAUAUUAGCACACUGUUGGGCUCAAGUUUGGUAGUCUAUUAAAUGGGUAUUGUUACGAGUUACCUACAUGAUAUAAUUAGAACCUUGGCUUUACUGUUAUGAAAAUCAUAUCAUCCAAUAAUGGUUGAGUCUCUCUGAGGAGUAUAGAAUGGUAAAUUUGAGCCUUUGCGAGACUGUGACCCCGGUUUCAAAAUUGAAGACUGAGCUUCAAAAAAAUUUGAGACACCAAGAUGCAAAAUCACCUUAAAACGCAGCUUCGAGACCUACCACAAACGCUUCCAAGAUUUUGAUGUAGGGCAAAAAUUUUCCGGGGUGCAUUUUUCAGGGAACCAUUCUAUACCCCUUCUCUGGUUAGCAGUUCACUUGUGCUGGGUUGAAAAAGCCUCGUGAGAAUGGAUGAAAAAUUGAUCAUCAUAGAUGUGUGCGAGGUUAAAUCAGAAAAGAAGCCUGGAAAAAUUUCAUGGAGUCACAUGGAUUUGAACCCAUGACAGCUUCAUUAGUGGGUGCAGUGAAGUCACUGUCAUUAGGAGCAGGUCAACAAAGACACUGUAGAUCUUGGGUCAAUUUAAUAAAACUUUUACAGGUGCAAUUUACAAUUGUAGCCAUUGUUUUAGAGUCUAACAACAACAGCUACACUUGUAAAUUACAUGUGUAAAAGUUCUAUUAAAUUGACCCCUGGAUGUCUCAUUAAAAUUUUUUUUUUUUUUUUAUGUAGAUAAUGAAUGGAAGACACGAUUUGAGACACAGCAAGAAAUGAAUGACCAACUUGAAAAACAAGUUAUUUUAUUACGGGACAAACUAGGCCAGUUAAAGAUUCCUUCCCGUGAUGGUAAGCUUACUGCUGCCUUCUUCAGUGUAUCAUGUGUUUGCUAUCAUUUAGCAAAGUCAGUGGUGGUUAAUGAUAUUUAGAAAAAAAAAUAAGAAGCAAGUAAUAAUUUAGUACAACUCACACACAAGUGCAGUCGGAGGAAAAAUCAAGUGCUGGCUUAAAUGUAUGCUUUGAUUGUCAUAAAAAAUAGCAAAAGCAACUUUGAUUGGCCAAAGGAAUUGACGAUUAUUAUUCGAACAGAUUUAUUCAGUAGCAAGCCACCAGCAGGGUUUAUUUUGGGCCAGAAAGUUCCUGGAAUUUUAUUGUGGCAUUUUCAAGACUUCACCAGAUAUAUCACUAUUGGGUGAAUAAAAGUACGGUAUGGAAACCAAUGCAUUAUCCAUUUGGAUAGGGAUCUAUUCAGAGGGUAGCACUAUCCAAUAAGACUGGAAAGUCCCAACAAUUGUUUGCAGGUUGUGGAAAUAUUUAAAGAUAAAAUGUUCAUUUUCAGUGUUUAAAAACAUUCUACACGAGUCAUGAAAAUUAUUCCACUGAAACCUACAGCAGCAUGUGUUGUGACUGCAUCUUAAUACAUGUAUGUGAAAUUUUGCAGGGAAGCCAAGUAACCAUCUCAAAACAUACAAUGGCUUAUCAGAUGUAAGUGCAAUUUUUUUAUUAUUACGUAGAAAAUAUGCUCUUGCUAUCAUAAUGUAUUUGUACUUUGAGUAAUUUUCAAAUUCUACCCCAUAUCCACAAUAUGUAUUGUAGUUAAAAAGUACAGGCUUUACUUCCAUUGUAUCCUGACUUGUCCACCAUCAGGCAGAAAUCAGAAAACUUAUGAAACAGCUGGAGCGAGACAAGGUGGAACUUCAAGGACAGUUGCGUGAUUUGGAAUGGCGCUUAGACAAUGAAUCUAAGGUUGGUUGGCAUUUUAUCCUGUUUCUGUACUAGACAGACUUAUCAAAUCUCUGUAGCUAAGUACUAAAGGGUGAGAACAUUAUUAAGGAUGAAGAUUUCAAUUAUGGACAACAGCUGUACAUCAUCUUUGAGACAAAUGAUGAACAAAUAUUUUUUUUAUUUAUUUGGUAACUUCAGUUCCCUUUAAUGUCCUCCAUGUCUUUUUUUUAGGCUUACCAUAAGAUAAAUGAAGAAAGAAAGAAAUAUUUAACAGAGUUGGAUGAGGUCAGUCUAUACAUGUUUUUUCCUUUUCUGUGAUUCAGUAUAUUCACAAAGCCAUUUGAACAAUGACUCUUGAAAAAAGCUUGGUAAUGAUUGUCUAGGCCAUUGACUGUGAGAUUUCUCACUUGAUUUUUCCUAAAUAACAUCGUGAAACUUUAAAAUGUUGGGACAGUACUUAAAAGUUUUAGUCCAGCUCUUUCCUGCCCGAACUUUGCAAAAAUACAAGCUUAGGCCCAGUUCAGACGCCGAACUUUGCAUGAGCCACCCUAUAUACUGAUUAAGUACAUGAAAAGUUCAGUGUCUGAAUCAGUUAGGAACACCUAUUUCAAUUUGGAAGGGCUCAGCUGAUCUUUUCGCCUAGCCCAGCUGGGAAUUUUGCCUUUGGAGUGACUUUGGAAUGGCUUUGAUUCAGAUGCCGAACUUUUCGUGUACCAAACCCAAUGAAUAAACUAGUAUGACGAAUUUUUUAAGCAGUUUGAGCCAAAACGAGCAUUUUUCGCCUUUUGAUCUUAGUUCAGCCACAAUUAAGAUUAGCGUCUGAAACAAUUCAGCUGGUCUAAAUAAUUUGGGUAGGCCUUAAUUUGAAUUAGGUUCAGCUCAUGAAAAGUUUGACAUCUGAACCGGACCUUAGUAACAGUUUAUGUUUACAUACUAGUGUAGUUUCACUGCUCUUCCAAGCUUUGUGGUCAUAGUUUUGUUAGUUUGGCAAUGUAGCUUGCUUUAAGGAUGCCCUUAAGUAAAUACAGAAGUUUGUAAUGUAGAAGAGCCUUCCUUGUGACUGAACCUACCUUUAUUUAUUAUUAUUUUUUUUUUGUAGACUGCUGCAACCAUUGAUGAGACAAAAACUAAAACAAGACUUGCUCUAAGUGAAGCACAGAGAGAAAAUGAAGCUCAGCUACAGGCUGCUAAAUUAAGAAACCCUAAACAGUUUGGUUUGCCAGACAAUCAGAGAAUCAUUGAUCCGAGAAAAGGCCCUGUGAAAAAAGUUGCUGCUGUGCGCAAGCUGCCAAAACUGGAAAACCCAGGCUCAGGGGGCAGUGGAUCAUCUGGCAAUAGUCCACGGCACAAUUAGUGUGCAUGGAUACAACAUAAAAAGUGUUUAAAAAUAUUAGUCCUACUUUUAUCAUAAUAACUUUGUCAAAAUAUUCUAAAAUGAUUUUUAGAAUGCGAUAUAUAUAAACAAUAAUGUUAUUGGAUGAGGUUUUUUGAGAUAUCUGGAAUAAUCAAGGUUAGGGUAAGUAUUAUCAUCUGAGCCUAAGACCGAGGCCGAUAACACUUACCAAGACCUUGAAUGAUUAUUUAGGAUAUCACAAAAAUGGAAUCUAAUGAUAAAUUAUUGUUUUAUUAUACAUUGCUUCGAAGAAAAUAACGACAAACAAAAAAGUGCAAGGAACUUGAAUUCAUAUUGUUAUUGGAAAUCAUGCAAUGCUCGUGCACCUACAGAUUAGCCAGUUACUUGCUAGCGGAUAACUGACUAAUCUGUAGGUUGUGCUGAUUUCCAAAAUUAGCUGUAGGCUCUUAGCCAGUGAGAAGACAGAUAGUGAGUGCAAUGUAUAAUAAUGCAGUUUAUGAUGCUGAGGAAUGCAGUCUUAUGACAACCUUAUCAUUGCAAUCUCCUCUCCUGUUUCCUUUUUUAUUCAAUACAUUUUGGUAGCUCGAUCCACUGCAGCUUUAAUGUUCACAUGGAGAAAGUAGGUGUUCCUUGUAAAUUGUCUAAAUAAAACAUAACCUAAUAAUACUAAAAAAUUGACAAAGGACAAUCUGUAAGAAAGACUAAGUAGAUGUAGUUUUUUGUGAAACUUGAUUUGUUUCAGGGGGAAGGUUCAUGUACAGUAUAUUUUAGAUAUAAAUAUUGUUGAAUGUUUGAGUAUGAAAAUAUAACAUUGGGCAUUGUUUAUACAUACAAGGACAUCAAAGAUUGCAUAUUACAACCAAUGAUUACCAUCGGUUAUUCCUUGUUUCCUGGAUUUUUAACAUCUACAAUCCGUGUUAUACAUACUUUGUACAGGAGAGAAUUAUGUAAUAUCAUGACAGUGUAACAUAUUGGUUCAUUUUUUGUAAAAAGUUUUAUUCAACAGACAAAAAAAAUUCUUAAUUUUGUAAAAUAAAGUGGCUUCUAUUGUUUUAUGGAAGUGUUCCUUCA